UAGCCGCAGUUCUUUGUACCUAAAGAUGGAUUCAGAAAGAGCUAUUAAGCCUCAUGUAAUCCUAGUCCCAUUCCCUGCACAAGGUCAUAUAAACCCUUUUAUGCAAUUAGCCAAGCUUUUACACUCAAGAGGUUUGUACAUAACCUUUGUUAACACUGAGUUCAAUCACAGCCGACUAGUUCGAUCCAAAGGACAGGAAGCUGUGAAAGGCUUGCCUGAUUUUCGCUUCGAAACAAUACCUGAAGGAUUGCCACCUUCUGAUAAAGAUGCUACUCAAGAUCCUGCGGCUUUGUGCGAUUCGAUCCGAAAGAAUUGCCUGAAUUGCCUGGUUCCUUUUUUGGAGCUAUUGUCUAAGCUCAAUUCUUCUUCUCAAGUGCCUAAAGUUAGCUGCAUAAUUUCAGAUGGUGUCAUGAGUUUUUGUAUUAAAGCAGGAGAAAUGUUAGGCAUACCUGCGGUUCAGUUCUGGACAGCCUCAGCCUGUGGUCUUAUGGGAUAUUUGCAAUAUGGUGAAUUUAUUAAGAGAGGGAUUAUUCCCUUUUCAGAUGAAAGCUUUCUUACUGAUGGCACACUUGAUACUCCAAUAGAUUGGAUCCCAGGCAUGAGUAAUAUCCGCAUUAAAGAUAUACCAAGUUUUGUUAGAACCACAAAUAUUGAAGACACCUUAUUUGAUUACCUGAAAUCAGAAUCAGAAAACUGCUUAAGCUUCUGCAAAAAAGCUUCUGCAAUUAUCUUCAACACUUUCGAAGAGUUUGAACAUGAAGUGUUAGCUGCAAUUUCAGCCAAGUUUCCUCUCAUUUACUCAAUAGGCCCACUUACCUUGCUCGAAAGGCGCUUGCCGGAGACCGAACUCAAGUCGUUAAGGCCAAGUCUAUGGAAAGAAGACUCAAACUGUCUUGAAUGGCUAAAUAAAAGAGAGCCCAAUUCAGUUGUUUACGUGAAUUAUGGUUCUGUGACUGUAAUGACGGAGCAACACUUAAAAGAAUUUGCAUGGGGACUAGCAAAUAGUAAAUACCCAUUUUUGUGGAUUAUCAGACCUGAUGUUGUCAUGGGAAAUUCUGCAAUAUUACAUGAAGACUUUCUUGAAGAGAUUGCAGACAGAGGAUAUUUAGCAACUUGGUGUCCACAAGAUCAAGUACUUUCGCACCCAUCUAUUGCUGUUUUUUUAACUCAUUGUGGGUGGAAUUCUUCGAUGGAAAGUGUUUGCGGAGGCGUGCCUGUGAUUUGUUGGCCAUUUUUUGCGGAGCAACAAACAAAUUGUAGAUUUGCUUGUACUAGUUGGGGAAUUGGCUUGGAAGUGAAUGGAGAUGUGAAGAGUUAUGAAAUUGAGGCUUUGCUUAAGGAAAUGAUGGAAAAUGAUAACGGCAAGAAAAUGAAACAAAAGGCUUUGGAAUGGAAGAGGAAAGAGAAAGCUAUUGAUGCUGGUGGUUCUUCAUACAGUGAUUUUGAGAGAUUCAUGAAGGAUUUUCUACAUUUUGAUUAGAGAUAUAAGCGGGGUGGGUUUUUCAUGGGUACUCAACCCAUAAAAACCCCUUUAAAGCAAGUUUGAGUAUUAAUUAACUGGGUUUGAAACAAGUAUGAAUAUCGAAUGAAUUAUUCACAGUAGAUUUGGAUUGAGUAUAGAUUUAAAGCUGUGGGUA